GACUCAGAGAUGAACCCAGGGACGUGCACCUCGCUCCUCACUCCUCUCUUCCUCUCCACUUGGAUAUUAUUCGUCUGACCGAAGGCCGCCUCCAUCAUCAAGUGACAGCCCUCUCCUAUUUAUUUGCUUAUAAACCUGUUACAAUAAAUGAUCAUUGGAGCAGCGUCAGCCGAGCAUUUUAACAACGACCAGCAGCCACUUUUGAUGAAUGACAUUUGGCUGCUGUGAGGGAGGAUGCACGGCUCGUUUUAAGCAGUCGCUCGUCGAUUGCGUUUAGAUUCUUUCGUUUUUUUGCGUCUUGCUUAUAAAAAGGUUUAGGGACAGUUAUUGAGAGACAGUUGCCGAGUUGCAUGCGGAUUUAAGCUCCGACACAACUCAUUGGUGCUCCAGCCCCCCUUGGACAAGUGUUGUUCCUCUUUUCUUUUUUUUUCUUUUUUUUCCCGUCUUGCACUGCUUAAUGAUGGAGAGGAUAAGGAAAGAGAUGAUAUUGAUGGAGAGAGGUCUGCACAGUCCUGUUGCAGCUAAGAGGCUCGCAGACACGCCUGGAAAUUCAGUGCUGGAGGCCCUGGAAAACUCUCAGCACAGCGGACGGUUGAGCCCCAGAAUAACUUCGGCUUCGCUCCAUGGAAAUCUUGGGGACAUCCCGACAAAAGGCAAAUUUGAAAUUGACAGUCUUUUCGGUUCUCACCACAACAGCGAAAAUACCUCUUCGACGGAAAUUUCUUCGUCAGAAAGCAGGAAGAAAAUGAGCCUUUACUCCGAAGUUUCGCCAGAUUCAGAUAUUAACAGCGAUGUUGAGGUGGGAUGCCCUUCGCAUCGAUCCCCGAGCCAGCACAAGGAAAACAACAAAGGAUUUUCAGAUUCUGGAUCUUCCAACAUAAGCUCGAACUCCCUCCAGAAUAUGAACGGUAAUUCAUCGGGAGGAUCGAACAAUUCAAAUAGCGACCAAGUGAGAAGAUAUCGGACUGCUUUCACCCGAGAACAGAUCGGCAGACUGGAAAAAGAGUUUUACCGGGAAAAUUACGUUUCGAGACCAAGAAGAUGUGAAUUAGCCGCAGCGCUGAAUCUGCCCGAGACUACAAUUAAGGUGUGGUUCCAGAACAGGCGGAUGAAGGAUAAAAGGCAGCGCCUGGCGAUGUCCUGGCCCCAUCCGGCCGACCCCAGCUUCUACACCUACAUGAUGACGCACGCGGCAGCUACAGGAAGCCUACCAUACCCUUUCCACUCGCACAUGCCUCUCCACUACUACCCGCACGUCGGCGUCACGGCAGCGGCGGCCGCCGCCGCCGCCGCCUCCGGUGCCGCCUCCUCGCCUUUCGCCACUUCCAUCCGGCCCCUCGACACCUUCCGGGCGCUCUCGCAUCCGUACUCGCGGCCGGAGCUCCUGUGCAGCUUCAGGCACCCGGGACUCUACCAGUCACCCGCCGGCCUGAAUAGUUCGGCCGCGGCGUCGGCGGCUGCGGCCGCGGCCGCUGCGGCGGCGGCCAGCGCGCCGUCGGCGGCCGGGCCCUGCUCGUGUCUGAGCUGCCACAGCAGCCAGGCGGCGAGCGCGCUCGGCUCCAGGAGCGCGAGCGCGGACUUUACCUGCACGGCUUCCGGGCAAAGAUCCGAGAGUGGAUUUCUGCCGUAUUCCGCCGCGGUGCUCAGCAAGACGUCAGUCCCGUCACCGGACCCACGAGAAGAAACCUCACUGAACAGAUAACUCAGUCACGUAGGCCCGAAACGACCGUUUCGUAUUGUUUUCAAAAUCGCACUUGUGUAGAGAAUUCGCCAGCAUUGUAAACAGAACACACACGUUUCGAUUCAUUUCUACAAGUCUGUUCAAGUCCGAAUAGAAUUUAUGAGGAAAAACACAUGAAAAGUGUCGCAACGAAAAUUCACAGACAACCUUUUAUAAAAGCUAGUGCUCUUGUGUUGUGAUAGUAGAGCAUUUUUUUAUGCUGGAUUAAUUUAUACAUAUUUGGAAAAAUAACAAACCAUGCAAUUCAGUCCCAUGCCUCAAUCAGUGUGCCCUUUUAUGUAUUUAGGAUAUUCAUUUCUAGAAGCUGAGACAAAAUCUUGGGCCUAUUUCUGCGGCUCAGGGGCUAAUAUUUGUAGACAACACAUCUGUUUUUAACAUUCAAACGUAGGCUAAUUAUGCUUACUAUAUUUAGAUGGCCCUCCUCUGCCCAGCAGGAUAUCUUUCUUACAGCCCUAAUGGACUGAGCUUUUCUUUUGUUGGCAGGGACAGCCUCUCCACUGUGGGGACCCCCUUAAUCAGCUAGAAGGGCGCAUAUCAUUUUUUGCACCGCGUCUUCCGUGUCAACUUUUAUGCUAAUAAUGGGAGGAUCAUGACAAAAAUUGCCAAUCAUGUACCUAGACGGAGCCCCUUUGAAUACACGACUGCAAGAAAGUUCCUCGUUUUGAGACCCGUUGCCAAGUGCUAACAACCCGCGCAGGGAAGUCAUUAGACAUACAAAAUACCCGGAACCAAGCGACAGUCCUCGUGCACAGAUGCACUGAAUAAAGUGUGUUAUGUUACACGUGCACGGUUUGAAGAUAUGACAAAGCAGCCUGUAAAGAGACCACUCGGAAUUAGUUUGGUGAGGAUAAGAGAUUCCUCGACACACAGUAGAAUCUCCUUUAUUGACAUUGGGGCACCUCAUUACAUCAAAUCCAGCAGUGUAAUCCCUUUAGGACCUCUUCACUCAGUACACAGUGACGGGACUGAGCAAGGCGAAAGUUUAGACUAAAUGGUCUGCGUCUGUAAAAAUGGCUAUGUGCUAUUUUAUUCGUUCCUGUUGGGAAAUCACCUAUAUGUUAAUUAUAAAACAUGUGAACUGUAAAUCGUGAAAUAUUUUGCAAAUAUCAUGAAUAGUCCUACUGAUAGUUGAAAACUGAAUUAUUGAUCACCCCGGAAAAUGCUUCAUGAGAUGUAGGCUUGUUUUUUUUGGGGGGGGGGUUGAACACAUUUUUUAUUCUUUAUUUUGCGUGACUUUGCUGAAUGUUUUUCAAUGUUUAAACACUGGAUGUACAAGCCAACACGAGCAUCGCAUAGGCUACAAAUUGGCCUGUAAACUCACCAAUGUUCCAAAUGUAUGAUCUGUUAGCUAUUUCGGGCGAAAAAGUAGGACUGAAUCACGGAGAGCAUUUCUUUACGGUCCACUCAAAAGAGGCUUCAAAGGGCUGAUAAACGAGCACUGAUAUUAAAAUGAUGAAAAUAGUAUUGGCACUUUCCCUGGGGUCUCUGUUAUAACUCUAUAUCACUGUAUUUAAAAUAUCAAUGACUGUAUGAAUUUAAAUAUUUUAACUUGAAAAAAAUUGUGCAAUAUGAAAUGUAAAUCCUGUUAUUUAUUGAUCGUGUUUGUUCUUGGAAAAUAAAUGAAAAAAAAUGUUUAAA